AGAAGAAAGAGUGAGGGAAAAGGAGAAAAAAAGGAGAAAAAGCACACAACAGAAAAGGGGAGGACAUCGGUGCAAUUGCGUGAAAAUUGGUUGAAUUACAUUGAAGAAAAUAGUUGCAGAGAGGAAGAAACCAAGAUGAUAACGCCCUACUUCCUACAGAAUUUCUGGGGUGAAAAAAACAAUGGAUUUGAUGUUCUCUACCACAACAUGAAGCAUGGUCAAAUCUCCUCCAAGGAACUUACGGAGUUCAUCAGAGAAAGGGCUACCAUAGAAGAGGUCUAUGCCAGGUCAAUGACCAAACUUGCCAAGUCAGCUGGUAACUUCUCUCAGCUCGGGACGUUUGCCCCGGUGUGGGAUGUGUUUAAGACAUCCACAGAGAAGCUGGCCAGCUGCCACCUGGAGCUGGUGAGGAAGCUACAGGAGCUUAUCAAAGACGUGCAGAAGUACGUGGAUGACCAGGCCAAGGCCCACAAAAAGACCAAGGAGGAGGUGGCGUCCACGCUGGAAUCAGUCCAGACCAUACAGACCACCGGAGUAGCCUUACAGAAGUCCAAGGAGAAUUACAACGCCAAAACUGUGGAGCAGGAGAGACUCCGCAAGGAGGGAGCAACACAGAGAGAUGUGGACAAGGCUGGAGUGAAGGCCAAGAAAGCCACGGAAACCUACAAGGGCUUUGUGGAAAAAUAUGCCACAGCCAAGUCCGAGUUUGAACAGAAGAUGGCUGAAACUGCACAGAAGUUUCAGGACAUCGAGGAGAGCCACAUCGUCCACAUGAAGGAUAUAAUUCAGUCAUACACACAGUCUGUUGACGAGACACACGUUCAGAUCGGAGAGGUCCGUAUAGAGUUUGAGAGGAACAUGGAGAACACCUCUGUGGAGGGCUUGAUACAGAAACUGUCUGACAGUAAAGGAACGGGCAAAGAGAGACCAGGUCCUAUUGAGUUUGAAGAAUGCAACACUGCCAUCGCCACUGAAGGAGCCAAACCCAGAAAGAGGAAAACAUUUGCGAUCCGCCGGAAAGACAACAAGGACACAGACUCGACGGAGUCGACAGAAGUUGAACCUGCUAACAAUACCAAUGGAGUUCCUCCUGGAUACUAUGGCACCAUAGACUUCCAAAACGCUAAUGUCCCCACGGUUGAUGAAGAUGGCUUCUGCAUCAGACCGGAAGACCGCAACCAAAAUGAUGCCAAAGAGAACUCGUUCUAUUCGUCGAGUGACUCGGAGGACGAGGAUGAACCCAGGAAGUUCCGUGUGGAAAUCAAGCCGGUGGCGCCCAACAACAGGACGCAACAAAGCCGAGCCACCAUCGACCAACUCAAGGCCUCCAUUGGAAACAUCAGCCUAUCGCCACCAACCUCGGGUCAGAUGCGAAGGAACCAAUCCAGUGAUGAGUUGGGAAAGGCCAGGAUGUCAACAUAUUUCAAUGACAGUAGACCUGCUCUCAAUAAUGACCUUCUCUCACUGGAUCCGUUUGGCCCCGCCCACACCCUAAGAGGCUCCUCCCCCUCAGUGUCCUCAUCAACAGACAUCGACUCUCUUUUCCUCUCCAUACCUCUCUGUCCUCUCCACAUUAACGAGUCCCCUGCAUUUCUGCCAGGGGAGGCAGAUGAGGAGGUGUUACAGCAGGAGUUCUCCUCUCCCCCACUGGCAGACGGCCUGCAGCAGGCCAAAGGAGAGGUCACCCCUCUACCUUCCUCCACCACCACUACUACCACCACCACUACCACCACCACCUUCUCUCCAUGGAACUCACCAGCUGACCCCUUUCUGGCCCUGAAGCCCAUCCCAGCCCGGGCCCAGAGGACCCCCAUCACCCGGCAGGAUGAGCCCAUAGAACCAACCCCAGACCCAACCAGCGUGCCUCAGGGAGAGAACCAGUCUGCCUUUACCAGGUCCCAGAGCCAGUGGAUCGACGUCAACCACGACUUUGUGCCAGUCCGACGCCAGCAGAGCUGCUGUCCGGGUACAGGUCCGGUCAACCGCGACCGGACCCAGUCUAACCCUCCUACCGGCAGGCCUCAGUCUUGCCGGUCCAUCUGUUUCUUCUCUGAUGACCCUGCUGAUCCCUAUAAUAAGAUGGCGCUGAGCAGUGGGGUUGUGGAGGUCAGCACCUCCUCUGUCCCUGAGGUCUUUUCAGCACUGACAGUGGGGAUGGUGGCAGCAGCAGCAGUUAGCCAGGCACACAAUGUGCCUGCCCUGCCCAGACCCACUACCCCUCAAACUGGGGCCAUGGUGGCUCCUCCACGACCCUCUUCCAGACCCAAACUACCCACAGGAAAACUCACAGGAAUCAAUGAAAUUGUGCGGCCGUUCAGCCCGACCAAGACGUUGUCCAACGCCAGUCCUCCUCCGGCUGCUCCCCUGGCCCGGGCAGAGAGCUCCUCCUCCCUGUCCUCCACCGCCUCUCUCAGUGCCUCCAACACACCCACAGUGGGGCCUGAGCGUAUCUUCCGUCCCUCCCUCUCCUCUCCGGAACCAGAGUUCCUCCUUUCUCCCUGUCCUCUGUUUCUCCUCAGCCAAAAGGAUGAUGGUUUCAUCGGGAAGCUGCCCACCGUUGAGAAGUGCUGUGAAACGCCUGCAGGGACGUCUCGCGGUCCCAGCCCAGUGACCCUGGCGUCCCAGGAUGCCUUGCCCAUUGCGGUGGCCUUCACAGAGUCUGUUAAUGCCUACUUCAAAGGAGCUGAUCCCGCUAAGUGCAUAGUGAAGAUCACAGGUGACAUGACCCUGUCCUUCCCCAUGGGUAUUAUCAAGGUGUUCACCAGUAACCCCUCCCCUGCUAUGCUCACCUUCAAACUGAAGAACACCUCCAAGCUGGAGCAGAUCCUCCCCAACCAGACACUACUGUUCAGUGAUCCAUCGCAAAGUGAUGCUCAUACCAAGGACUUUUGGUUCAACAUGCAAGCUCUCACAUCGUACCUCAGGAAAGCCUCAGAACAGAACCCUGCUGCAUCCUACUACAACGUUGACAUCCUCAAAUACCAGGUGUCCUCUAAAGGAAUCGCAUCGACCCCUCUGAACCUGGCAGUGUACUGGAAGUGUGACCCCGCCACCACUGACCUGAGGCUGGACUACCACUACAACCCAGAGUCCAUGCUCUGUCCCGGCCCGCUCUCCAACGUACAGGUCCUAGUGCAUGUAGAUGGAGGGGUCACCAACAUGCAGUCCCUGCCUAAUGCUAUCUGGAACUCAGAGCUGAACAAGUCUCUCUGGAAGCUGAACGACAUCUCUGAGAAGUCUGAUAAUGAAGGCUCGGGGUCUCUGAGGGCUAAGUUUGAGCUCUCCGACGGCCCGUCCACCCCAACCACCCUGGCUGUGCAGUUUAUGAGUGAGGGGAGCACGCUGUCUGGGGUGGACAUAGAGCUGUUGGGAACCGGGUACAGACUGUCCCUCAACAAGAAGAGGUUUGCCACAGGUCGUUACAUGGCAGACUGUUGAGUAUGCAUACCGUCCUGGACCCCCAAGCACAACGACUUUAUUGAACAAUUAUUUUCAAUAUUUGAGUCCUUUUUGUCCUAUUUAUUAAAGGGGAGGUGAAGACUGGAGAGGUGCAGCAAAUACACCAGUUUUUUUGUGACUCAUCCAAACACUGCAUUAUGUCCCAAUGUACCUUGUCUGUCUCGAGCAGAGAUCUCCUCAGUACAGUAAGCGAGCAGAGAUCUCCUCAGUACAGUAAGCGAGCAGAGAUCUCCUCAGUACAGUAAGCGAGCAGAGAUCUCCUCAGUACAGUAAGCGAGCAGAGAUCUCCUCAGUACAGUAAGCGAGCAGAGAUCUCCUCAGUACAGUAAGCGAGCAGAGAUCUCCUCAGUACAGUAAGCGAGCAGAGAUCUCCUCAGUACAGUAAGCGAGCAGAGAUCUCCUCAGUACAGUAAAGCAGCGCUGAGUAAUGAACACUGUUUAAAAAGAAGAAGAAUGCAUGAAAUAAAAAAUUAAGUUGAGCUGUCAGGAAAUGGAAAUGUAGAGAUGUUGAGAAGUGUAAUGCUUUCUAAUCAAUUCAGACUUUUAUAAAGUCAGGACCGUAGUGUUUCGUUAUGUAACAAUGUAUGGAUUAUAUAUAAAUACAUAUUAUAUACAAAAAAAAUGUAGAAAUGAAUACAAUCUGCACUAACAAUCUAAAAAUAUAUAUUUGUUCUCUCCUUUGUAAAUUGUGUAUGUAUUCCACUGAAGCUCUUGUAGUAACAGAUUCUGGGUAAAACAGUGAGAAAAGAGAAGAAAGAGGAGAGGAAAUGCCACACUCCUCCCUCAUCCCGCUCUCCUUCUCUUCUCAAUUGCAAGUACGAUCACCAAGUAUUUUACUUUGUGAGACUCAAGUCAUGUUUUUUUCUGAUUGACCUUUAUUUCCUGGGUUAUUUUCAUUCUGAUCAUGUGCAAUGAAGAAAUUAAGGUAUAAGCUGUAUUUUUUUUUUUUUUAACUAAACAGAUUCUCUGAAAUGUUAUCAUGGCGCAACAUUAAUCGGUUGUCCUGUCGCUCCUGACAACUGGUAAUAACACAAGGUCAGCUCUCUUUCAAAAGCAAAAAGACAAAACUUAACUGACCUCAGUGCCUCUUUCUUUCUGUGGAUAAAUUCAUUGAAAACGUAGCUACUUUUCUCUAAGCCCUUUUGUAUGUUCAAACGGCACCGCUAACAAAAAGAAAAAGCACCAACCUUGUGCAAGUUGUUGUUUUAUAAUCUUGUUUUUGGAUGUUGAAGGGAAAAUGCGUCCAGUUUCUACACCAGUCAAUCCAAAAGGCAUCUGUCUUCCAGAAACUGCUGAUCCAGUGGACUCAGUCUCAGUUCUGUGUCUUUGCUAUGAUGUUGUCUUUUCUACUGGGGUAUUUUUUCUAUAUUUGAUCCGACAGUGAUCUUUGUUCCCAAACCGCUUUUGGUCUAUUUGAGAGCACUGGACAGCCUGCUAGCUGAGCAUCUUUAUCACAAUCUAGCCAAAUCAAUUCUAGAAAUGCCUUAAGAAAAUAUACCUUGUCAUCUUUUGAUAAUGGUAAUAAGAUGCUAUCUGGUUGUGAUAGGCUACAUUUCUGCCGUGUUUGCCUGUGAGGAGAGAGACGGACAACAGUUCUUGGUGCUGACUCGAUUUCAUACAGAGUGGUUCAUUCUUGCCUUAUAUACCAAUGGAGGACCAGUAUCCAGAAGGGCUACAUAUCCUAGAUGGAGAGAUGCAUACGCCUUAUGUAGCAGUUCUAUCAAUAUCACUAACGUGUGUUUUUGACAACCUUUUCCAAUGCCUUCUCCCCAAAACCACAGUUUGGAUUGUUUAGAUAAUGAUCACAGUACUGUAUUUUCAUUACAAACAUUGAUAUGGGCACACCAGUAACACUGUGAUUGUGGACUGUUAGUGUUCCAUGUAUGUGGCCAUCUGAACACUGUAUGCGUGUAAACUCCUGGCCCAUAUACACAAAGCGUCUCCGAGUAAUAGUGCUGAUCUAGGAUCUGGCCAUAUAAUACAAUCAAUUAUGAACUAAAAGAUAACUGAUCCUAUAUCUGCACUCUUACACUGAGACGCUUUGUGGAUAACGGACCCUGGUAUUUGGUACAGUUGAUACUGUUAACGUUCUCACUGCUUCUGAAAUGGCACCCUAUGCCCUGCAAUAUAUAGCGCAUUACUUUUGAUCAGUAGUAGUGCACUAUGGAAUAGGAUGCCUUUUCAGAGGCACUAUUUAUAGAUAUGGUUAAUCGCAUCGCUUACUAGUAAACGUGAUCUGACCAAACCUCAAUAUAUAACUUUUCAGCACAACAAAACACCUAGUCCAUGUGGCCAGUCUUCUAGAACUAUGACAGAACGCCUAGUUCAUGUGGCCAGUCUUCUAGAACUAUGACAGAACGCCUAGUCCAUGUGGCCAGUCUUCUAGAACUAUGACAGAACACCUAGUCCAUGUGGCCAGUCUUCUAGAACUGAGAGAACACCUAGUUCAUGUGGCCAGUCUUCUAGAACUAUGAGAGAACACCUAGUUCAUGUGGCCAGUCUUCUAGAACUAUGAGAAAGCACCUAGUCCAUGUGGCCAGUCUUCUAGAACUAUGAGAGAACACCUAGUCCAUGUGGCCAGUCUUCUAGAACUAUGAGAGAACACCUAGUUAAUGUGGCCAGUCUUCUAGAACUAUGAGAGAACACCUAGUCCAUGUGGCCAGUCUUCUAGAACUAUGAGAGAACACCUAGUCCAUAUGGCCAGUCUUCUAGAACUAUGAGAGAACACCUAGUCCACGUGGCCAGUCUUCUAGAACUAUGAGAGAACACCUAGUCCACGUGGCCAGUCUUCUAGAACUAUGAGAGAACACCUAGACCAUGUGGCCAGUAUUCUAGAACUAUGAGAGAACACCUAGUCCAUGUGGCCAGUCUUCUAGAACUAUGAGAGAACACCUAGUCCAUGUGGCCAGUCUUCUAGAACUAUGAGAGAACACCUAGUCCAUGUGGCCAGUCUUCUAGAACUAUGAGAGAACACCUAGUCCAUGUGGCCAGUCUUCUAGAACUAUGAGAGAACACCUAGUCCAUGUGGCCAGUCUUCUAGAACUAUGAGAGAACACCUAGUCCACGUGGCCAGUCUUCUAGAACUAUGAGAGAACACCUAGUCCACGUGGCCAGUCUUCUAGAACUAUGAGAGAACACCUAGUCCACGUGGCCAGUCUUCUAGAACUAUGAGAGAACACCUAGUCCACGUGGCCAGUCUUCUAGAACUAUGAGAAAUGUGAUUAUUGUUUAACAAUGUUGAUAGAGAUGUAUUUGUGAAGUCAAUGUCUAAAAUAGGAUUUGUUUUGUAUACAGUACAAUAAUUCAGAAUUAUGUCUUGUAAGGCAUGGAUUAAUCAUCACGGUUUGAAUGAUUGGUCCUUUAUGGAUGAUAUUUGUUUAAGAUACAGUUUAAGACUCCACCUUCAGUAGAAUUGUAGAGGCGAAUACUAACUUUCUUUGAAAUAAAUAAAUAAUAUUUUCCAGAACACUUUAUAUGGCCCAACCAAAUAAUGUGUGACUAUCCGAAUGGAGUUGGAGUUGACUAAACUAAAGCGUUAUCAUGGAAAACCAACGUAGCAUGUAAGGAACGUUUAAAGAGGGGAACAGCGUAUCAAAAUCAGAUAUUUUAUUUUUAUGGAGCUCUCCUUAAAAUAUCAUAUCAACAGCGCCGGCUACUCUCGAUCCACCCACUAAGAUCAGAGAAACCCCCAGUCAGAAACUGAAUAUAUAUGCAAAGUAUAUUUAGCGAGCUGGUUCUUGCUGUCUCUACAUAGCAUCCAGUGAUUUAUUUUUUGUCUUUCUUGGAGCUUGUCAUUAUGAUUUUUGUUUGUUUAUAUGUCUAUGUCAAAAGGAGAGUUUAGUUUAAUUUCUCAUAAAAUGUACAUUUUUACAAAUAUCUCAGCCACUUUUUUUUUCUGUUCACUUUAUGAUCGAUCUCAAUGUGCCUGUAUUAAAUGUAUAAUAUAUGAUUAUAUACCUAUAUAUAAAAAAUGACUACUUAAAAUGGUCUCCUGUAUGUUUUUCUGUCCAGUUUGUGUUUUCUUACUGUGUACCUGUGUGAAUCGUUUACAUUCUGGAUCCUAGAUUCUAGGAUCAUUGCUUCUAUUAAAUCAUGAUAUAAUAUAGUACUAUUGUCAAGGGGAGAUCAUUCAGAUAUCAUGAUCUUGUCUAAUAAUUUUCAGACAUGAACCCUAUGUCAACUAAAGUUCUUGGCUCCAUAUUUAGGCCACUAUGUACAAGAACGAUCUGUAAGGGACACAGUUGCCAGAAAUUGACGAUAGAGGUCAACUUCUGGGUCGGGAUUCUCGAGUUAGGCAUGAUUUUGUUUGGGGACUGCAACAAGCCCAAGCUCUGAAGGGAAACCCGAGUGUGCGUGCCGAGGCUGAGGAGACUUUGUUACAGUACUAUGAACCCUAUGUUACAGCAGUGCAGUUUUGCUUUAAUAACAAACCCAAGUGGAGAGUUUUACCUAUUGACCUCCCAGAGAUCUCAUUAAAUUCAACUGACUGGCUUUUGCCUCUACUCUCCUGGCUCGGCUUCAUUCAGCCCCACAGAGGUGUAUGCGAACUCCUUUAGAGUUAAGUCAACAAAUGACAGGUUAUGGUUAGGAUGACUAUAUUCUCUGAGUUGUGUCAUUUUUAGCAUAGGGGAAAGGACUUGGUGUGGAAUAAUUAGGAGAUCCUGGUAGACUCACUGCUCAUAUGAACGUUCCUGGCUGAGUUUGUUUUUCUUCAGGGAGGCUGCGUUGGCCUUCUGAGACUGACACAUCACAAUCAUUUAAUAUGAACACACUGGUACACCUUUAGCCUCAUUUAUACAGAUAAAAUGUGUUCAAUCUUGAGACAUAAUUGCGAUUGAAUAUUCAAUAUACUGGUACAGUGUGUACUGUAUGCAUUGCUUAAUUUUCCUCAAUGUCUGACCAUUUUGUUUAAUUAUGUUCCCAACGGCCACUGUCUGUACAGCACUGUCUUUAUUCGAGAUAUAUCAUUCUGAACAUUUCAUAACGAGGGCAUCGAAGCUAUUUCACACGUGAUGUAGUGUAUAACCAGUGGUGAGGGAGAGAAUGUGUCGCGGGAGACUAGACGAGAGCGUCAGGCUUUGAGGCUGAGGUAAUGGCGUGUGUGUGCUGGCACUACAUCUCCUUGUGCGUAUUUACACAGCCGGUCAUGCCUUAUGUCACAGCUACUCCACUUCCAGACCACCUUGCUAAUUGAAAUAAAGCUUCUCUGAGCCACCCUGUCAGUCCACAAGCACAUGUGAACCAUCAGUGUGUUCGCUUCCCUCUCUCUCCCUGUCCACCUCACUCAGACCUCUGGCUGUGGCGUGUGUGUAAUCUGGGCAUGGGCUCUGUGUGUGUGUGUGUGCACACAUUCAACAUCUUACUCUACUUUUUUGUGAAGCUGUGUGGCUAAUCCACUGACAGCAUUGAUCUGGAUGAUCAGAGGAUCUGGAGUUGAUUGAGAGGGUCUAAGAAGGUGGUGUUGGUUGAGAAAAUAUAUUUCAGUUAUAGAUUGAAAGACGAUAGUGUAUUCUUAGACUAUACUCAUGAAGGUCUGUGAAUCUGGUAUGGAUUAAGAGGGUCUGUGUCUAGUAUUUAAGGAUCUGUGUCUGGUAUACAUUGAGGUUCAGUGUAGUAAGUGUUCUGGACUUGUUUAGCACCCCCUAGAGGCAGUUUAAGUACAGCAGCUAGAAUUUACCUGUUUGUGUCAUGUGACAGGAAGCCGUUUCAGAGGUGAAGUAAUGUGUAAGAUUUGCAGGUGUGACAGAGUAGUUACAAUCCGUCAACAUAAGCUUUGUAAGAUGCAAUGUGUGUAAGUACAUUUGUUUAUUAACACAAGAUGAAUGUUUUUCACAUCAUUUUCAUGUUUCUGUAAAAGAUUAAGGAUUGAGUUGGCUGUUAGCACUGAAGCUAAUGCAAAGUAGCUAUUUCUCCCUAUGGACAACUAGCUUAGCAAUAUCAAGCAUACAGUUGCAUUCUAGUAACUUUAUUUGAUUUUUGACUCUAGAUUGAGUACUCUUAUUGCUCAUUUUGUACAUUUAUUGCAGUUAUUGUGGAAGACAUUCUGUGCUCUAUACUACUGUAACUGAAAACAUGUACUUUUGUGUUUGUUGCAGUUUCAGACUGUGAUUAAAGUAAACUUCCAAAACGGCA